AUGGAUCACAUUAACAUACUACAACAGGCGGCAACCCAGGAAGCAGUUGAAGAACACAAACAACCCCUUUUGGGAGACGAAUCACCAUCAACGCCACCACCAGAGUUGCCUCCCCGGAAGACCAAGACAAAACGUCCGGCGAGAAAGGCUAUGAAGAAGACUUUCAAAGCAACCGAGUUGCUCACAAAGCUUCUCCCCACGGGGUCUGUCCUAACCUUCCAAAUCUUGUCCCCGAUUCUCACAAACCAAGGGAAAUGCUUGAGCGUAAUAAGUAAAUACAUGGCUCUCUCCCUCCUUACCCUCUGCGGCCUUUCCUGCUUCCUCCAAUGCUUGACCGACAGCUUUAGGGAUGCCAAGGGAAAGAUCAGGUAUGGGUUGGCGACAUUCAAUGGGUUAUGGGUGAUGGAUGGAUCCGUGAAUAAGCUGUCAUUAGAGGAAGCAAAACAAUAUAGGCUGAGGUUCAUUGAUUUCUUCCAUGCUACCAUGAGUGCUCUUGUUUUUGCAUCUGUGGCGUUGUUCGACAAGAAUGUGGUGAGCUGUUUUUUUCCAGAGCCCACGGAGGAAGUGAAGGAGUUGCUUUCGACCUUGCCUUUGGGGAUUGGGUUGGUCAGCAGCUUGUUGUUCCUUGCUUUUCCUACCAAACGUCAUGGAAUUGGCACCCCUGUCUCUCCACAAUGA